AAGGCAGUAGAGAGCCAGCUACUCUUCAAUCUCAGGCUCUGGCGUGGCUGGAUGUGGGCACACGUCUGUCGGAGUCACCUUAGUUUCUUUUAAUUACAAGGCUUCAAUAAACUUUAAAAAUGGCCGGAGCAAUUAUUGAAAAUAUGAGCACGAAGAAGUUGGUGAUUGUCGGAGUUAUUCUGCUCUUAUUCCAAGUGUUUUCCUUCCUUGUUGGAGGCUUGAUUGCUCCGAGCCCUACCACCGCUGUCCACUACAUGGCCACCAAGUGCGUCGAUGUUCGCAAGAGCCAGCAGCGGUCCAAGUGGUUCAUGCCCUGGGGCCCGAACCAGUGCAACAAGAUCCGCGACUUCGACGAGGCCAUGGUGCGGAUGAUCGAGGCCAACGACAUCGUGUUCGCCGUCCACAUCCCCCUGCCCAACAAGGAGAUGAGCCCCUGGUUUCAGUUCAUGCUGGUCAUCCUGCAGUUCGACAUCGCUUUCAAACUCGUCAACCAAAUCGAGGACGGUGCAGUGGUCACCAUCGACGUGGGCCUGGCGUACCGAGACGACACCGUUAGCGAUUGGACAGAGAUGGCGCAUUCCAUAGAGCAGCGGAAGCUGAGCUGCAACUUCACGACCCCCAAGACGGUCGAGAACGAGGGCCGGUACUACGAGUGCGACGUCCUCCCCUUCAUGGAGGUGGGGAGCGUGGCGCACAAGUACUACCUCCUCAACAUCCGCCUUCCGGUGAGCGAACGCAAGCGGGUCAACGUGGGCAUCGGGGAGAUCAAGGACAUCAGGCUGGUGGGCAUCCAUCAAAAUGGGGGCUUCACAAAGGUGUGGUUCGCCAUGAAGACCUUCCUCACGCCCAGCAUCCUCAUCAUCAUGGUCUGGUACUGGAGACGCAUCACACUGAUGACACGCCCCCCUGUCCUGCUGGAGAAGGUGAUCUUUGCUCUGGGGAUCUCCAUGACCUUCAUUAACAUCCCUGUGGAGUGGUUCUCCGUGGGGUUCAACUGGACCUGGAUGCUGCUGUUCGGAGACAUCCGGCAGGGCAUCUUCUACGCCAUGCUGCUCUCCUUCUGGAUCAUCUUCUGCGGAGAACACCUGAUGGAUCAGAUGGAAAGGAACCGUUUUGCUGUGUACUGGAAGCAGGUUGGGCCCAUCGUCUUCGGCUCCUUCUGUCUGUUCAUCUUCGAUAUGUGUGAAAGAGGGGUCCAGCUGAAGAAUCCCUUCUACAGUAUCUGGGCGUCAGACGUUGGGACAGAACUUGCUAUGGCCUUCAUCAUUGUGGCCGGGAUAUGUGCAUGCCUCUACUUCCUCUUCCUGUGCUUCAUGGUCUUCCAGGUCUUUCGCAACAUCAGUGGGAAGAGGACCUGCCUGCCAGCCAUGUCCAAAGCCAGGCGGCUGCAUUAUGAGGGCCUCAUCUUCCGGUUCAAGUUCCUGAUGCUGGUCACUCUGGCUUGUGCCGCCAUGACGGUCAUCUUCUUCAUCAUCAGCCAGGUGAACGAGGGCCACUGGCACUGGGGUGACUACACCGUGCAGGUGAACAGCGCCUUCUUCACCGGGAUCUACGGCAUGUGGAACCUCUACGUCUUCGCCAUCAUGUUCCUGUACGCGCCCUCGCACAAGCGCUACGGAGACGAGCAGUCCAACGGUGAUCUGGGUGUGAACAGCGGGGAGGACAUCCAGCUGACCACCACCAUCACUCACGUGGAUGGCCCGACUGAAAUCUAUAAGAUGACUGGCAAGGGGGCCCAGGAGUAGAGCCUCCAUUUUACUUCACUGUGCUCUGACCACCCACUCCCACCGCCCUUACCGUUGUUCAACAAUUUAAACUUUUAUUGGUACUUUUUUUUUUUUGUCCAGGCAUUGCAAAUACGAUUGCUUUCAUAAUCCAAUCUAUGAACAGCCCUGGUACUCUGGAACAGGUAAAGCAUUGGUGUAAAAUCUAUUUAUCGCAGGACCGCACAUUUCUGAUAAAGGCCAGCUUUUAUAAAGGCUGUCUGUCUGACUUGCCGAUUUGAUUGGGUUGUUAAGAGGGAUGUAGCACCACCUGGUGGCAGAUGGAGGGAAAGAAAUGGCACCGUAGUCUGUGGAAAACUGCUUUUUUCUGAGUCUUUAACUCUCUCCUUGUCUGAUGGAAAACUGUUGAAGCUCUCGGGGUUGUCUGGGAAGAAAGGGAACACUGAGAAGCAGAGUUCUUAUUUUGGGCGUGUACUGGCAGCCUGUCUUCCAUUCAGUAAUGUUUGAGAAAUGGGCAGUUUCUUUCUUUUUUUGGUUUCUCAAAUAUUUGACAUUCACCUGAUACGUGUGUAACACAAUUUUUUAAAAGUCGACCACACUUUUUUGUGUAAAAUUUGUACUGCAGGCAUUUCAAUAUCUUCCACAAUUCACUGUAACUAUACAACUCAAUGUGCAGACUUUGGUACCUCUGUACAUUUAUAUUGUUGCCACUUUGGUAUCAGAAAGGAACUCCCCACCUCAUGUCCUAUGUAUGUACUUAUGGAGCUCUGUAUUAUGCUUAAAACUACUGAGUUCAUUAAGGUCACAAAAAAAGGUGUGGGAUCUUUGGCACUGGGCUUGAGUGCAUGGAUGUUCUAAAGGUCUUUUAUAAACACUAUGCUCAUUAUGUUAUGAUGUAGAUAUAUUUUUUUAUAAAGUGCUCAUUUGUAUGCUUAGGGAAGACUUGCAUUUAGAUGUAUCACCAGUUGUCAGUUCGACGAAAUUAUCUUUUCUGGAUGUUAAAAAAAGAUGUUUGUAUGACACGUGAGUGUAGAGUUUUGCUUUUUAUGCUAAUUUAAAUAAAACUUUUACUUCAUGCUG